AUGGCGUCGGAAUCUGAAGGAAGCGCGGAAGAAGGAGGGAACGUCUCCGGCCAAGAAACUGACGAAGACGACGGGCUAGAUCCUUCUAUCUUCGAGGAGGAAGAUGUGUUUGAAGUGGAGAAGAUUGUGGGCAUCACCACCUACCAGGGCCAGACAUUAUACCGUGUCCGAUGGAAGGGCUUUGGGUCCAGCGAGGACACUUGGGAACCCAAGGAGAAUCUGCUAUCCUGCGAAGAUCUGGUGGACGAUUUCGUGGCCCAGCGGGAGACCAAGCGCGGCAGGAAGCAGGGACCAGGCAGGAAGAGGCAGAAACUGGAGGACUCCAGUGUGGAGGGUUCCACCAGUCUGACAGACAUGUCCACUGAUGAGGAGGCUGUGAAGAGGAAAAGUGGUCGUCCCAAGAAGUCUCCUGUAGACCAACCCUCAAGCAGCCACUCCAGGGACUCCUCAAGGGAGCCUCCACAGCGCCAAGUGGAUGAACAGGUGGAAAGAGAGGAAGAAGAAGAAGAAGAACAGUCUGGAGAGAAGGAAGAGGGGAGUGAUGAUGAUGAGGAAAGCAGCAGCUCGGAAGAGGACACGGUCAAGGACACGUUCUGGAGAGACCUGGAGCAGGGCAAGAUCAGCAUGGAGCUGUUCACUGGGGACAUGUACUCUAAAGUGAAAGGUCGAAGGGCAAAGAUAGAGUCGGAGAAGAAGACACGGCAGCAGUCGAGGAGAGGGCGGUACAGAGAUGCCGACGAUGAUGAUGAUGAUGAGGAUGAUGAAGAUGAUGAUGGGGAGGAGGAGGAGGAGGAGGCUGGGGAGGACACAGAGAGGAGACCAGGCAGGAGGAGGAGCCAGGAGCCAGCUGGGCGGGGGCGCGGCAGGGGGCGGGGCAGAGGGCGUGGUCAGGAGCGAGGGAGAGGCAGAGGGAGAGGCAGGGGGAAGUCUGGUGGUCGAGGCGGUAAGACCAGAUCCUCCACCAGCUCUGAACCAGACAGGGACCAGGGCAGAGCCAGCCAACAUGGCCGCCAGCCCAGCAGGGAGAGAGAGUCACUCUUCUCCAGGGAUGUCUUCACUGAUGAGAGUGGAGAUGAGGUGGAAGACAUCAAAGAACCAGAUGACAAACACUCAGGACAAGCAGAGGUGGCCAAGAAGGAUUCACAGAACAUUCAUGAACCUGUGGCAACCCCAGAUUUGGGUGUGACGACCCCUAACAACCCAAAGGUGAGCACCUCUGGCCGUGGUAUGAUGACCCCUGACCCAGAUGCUGACCUGGAGAUGCACCUGUCAGAGAGUUCCUCAGCUGCAGAGGACUCAAAGUCUUCAGCGCAGAAGCUGCAGAACCUGGCCCAGCAAGUACAUGUACAAGGCCAGACUGUCUCCCCCUCCAGGCCCAAACAGCUGCUCAUCUCCAUCCCAUUCAACAUCCUCCCCGUCGCACGGCAGACCACAGCUGACCAGAGCAAACCCGACACUGUCAUAGAGAAGUUCACACAGAUCGUGGGUGUGCCCUGUGUGCUGAAGGGCACGGAUACAACUGGUAAUACCUCACAGCAGGGACGGGAGGGGCCUGGUCAGAUAGCCUCGCAGCAGGCACCACAGCAGCCACAACCCAGUCAGAUAGUCUGCCAGCAGCCACCACAGACCACAAGCCAGGUAGCCUUGCAGCAUGUAGCACAACAGGCCACAAGCCAGAUAGCCUUUCUCCAGGCACAGCAACACGCCAUUAGCCAAAUAGUCUUGCAGCAGGCACCACAACAGGUCCCUAGCCAUAUGGUUUUGCAGCAGAGACCACAACAGACCACUAGCCAGAUAGCCUUGCAGCAGACACCACAACUAACCACUAGCCAGAUAGCCUUGCAGCAGGCACCACAACAGGUCACUAGCCAAAUAGCCUUUCUCCAAGCACCACAACAGGUUACUAGCCAGAUAACCUUGCGGCAGGCACUACAGCAUGCACGACCCAGUCUAUUAGCCUUGCAGCAGGCACAUCAACAGACCCCUAGCCACAUAGGCUUGCAGCAGGCACCAUCUGGUCAGAUAGUCUCUCAGCAGGCCCUUCAGCAGGCACCAACUGGUCAGAUAGUCUCCCAGCAGCCACCACAUCAGGGGUCAUCCGGUCAGAUAGUCUCCCAACAGGCCCAGCAUCAGGCAUCAUCUAGUCAGAUAGUCUCCCAGCAGGCCCUUCAUCAGGCGUCAUCAAGUCAGAUAGUCUCCCUGCAGCCACCACAGCAGCCACCACACAACUCCCAAGUGCAAGGUCACAUGAUGUCAGAUGCAGAUAAGGUCAAGGGUCAGAGGGUGCCAGAGGUCAAAGACAAGCAGGCCACGCAGAGGGAACAGGAGACGUCAGCAGAAGGCAGACAGAAAGUGCACAGGGAGGGUGACAUUAUUGCAGUAGAGGAGACUGAAGCUAAAAGGUCAUCACCAUGUCUACCAAAAGAAGAUGUCAAAGUUGAAAGGUCACUGCCACAUGAUCCAAGGGAGGAUGUCAAAGUUGAAAAGUCACCAGCACAUGAUCCAGGAAAAGAGUUCAAAUCUGAAGGGUCGUUGCGGCAUGAGCAAACGGAAGAGACAAAAGUUGAAGAAGAAGGAGACAUGAUAGAAGAUGUGGUUAGUCAGAUGGAACUUCAGCUUCAGAGAGAGAUGAGCAAACAUGUCUCAGAUGUCACCGCAGGAAAGAUGGAGGACAAACCGGAGAAAAAAGAUGGAGCCAAGCCAAGGACGGAGGAGAGGGAAAGACCUGCAGAAAGUGAAGGGAAAACAGCUUUGCAAAAUGUUGAUGUUGAAAAAGAAUCUGCCAUUAAGAAAGAAGAGAAAGCUGAAAGUAAGCAGGAAGUCGCUACCAAAGAAGUCGGUUCUGCAGAUGAAAAGGAAGACAGUGGGAAAGAAGAUGAUACAAAAGUUACUGACAGCAAGAGGAGGAAGAGAAGGAAAACCCAGGAGAAGGAGAGCAGGAGGCAUGAUAGAGGGAAGAGAAGACAGAGUCAGGAAAAGCAAGAAGAGAAGCUGGAGAAGAGGCCUCCCCGCCGAGGCAGGACAGCAGCAGUGGUGGAGGAAGAUGAGGAGGAUGAAGACAGUGGCCAAAGUGAUGUUUUGCACGAGUUUGAUCUUGAUGAAGUGCCUUUUGAUGGGGAUUGGCAGACCCUGUCACAACAGAAAACUGAGGAGCUGCCAGCCAGGGACAUCACCAAUGCGGAGUUCCGUGAGGCGGUGAAGAACGGUGACCACCGUACGGUGAAGCAGGCGCUGCGCUCGGACAAGCUGUACAACCUGGAGCACGAGGACCCCAGCGGGAUGACCCCCGUCAUGUUCGCUGCCGCCGCCGGGCACGAUGAGAUCCUCAAGGCCCUGCUGCUCAACGGGGCAAAGGUCAAUGCCCGGCAGAAGCACGGGGCCACCGCGCUCAUUUAUGCCGCUGAGAGGGGCCACAGGAACACUGUAGCCUUGCUGAUAGAGUGUGGAGCAUUUGUCAACAUUCAACAGUACACAGGGGAAACUGCAUUGAUGAAGGCCUGUAAGAAGGGUUUUAAGCAGAUCGUUCGACUGCUGCUUGAGGCUGGUGCUGACCCCUACCUGACCUCCAGUACAGAGAACACGGCGCUUCAGCUGGCUAAACUGUACAACAACCCCGGCCUGCAUGAACUCAUGAGCCUACACAUCAACAGGAUUGCAAACGUAGUAGAGACGACUAUAGGCAAGUACCUGGCAAACACAGCCAAGAUCCUGACCCCGCCCCUGCUGCCCAUCCACUGUCACCCCAUCAGGGAGUCUGUGGAGUACUACCUGUCAUUCAACCAUGUCCAACAGCCAAUCAUACAAGGUGUGGGGAUGCUGUUAUUUUUGUGCCACGCCUCCUUUGCCAACAACAACAUCCAGGUGAGGCUGCAUGGGCCGUGUGCCGUCCAGACUGUCGUGCUGAACAAUAUCAUCCAGCCGGCUCUCACACAGGAAGCCAACUUCAUCAUGUCGUUCUGUCCUCGUCCUGGCAAGAACAACCUCAAGGUCAAGCUGGCCUCUGCUCCCCUGUCCAAGGCCAAGCUGCUGAUCUGUGCAUACAGAACCCAGCUGCUGCAGCCGUCAGCAACAAACUUCAAGACUGGCUGAGUGGAAGAUUGGAAGGGCUGUUGUAGUAAAGACACAGGAGGAGGCUUGUUGUAACAGAUAUAGCAGGAGAAUUGAGUUGUAGUAGUGGCUGGUACAGCAGUAGAAUGGUUGUAACAAGUACAGCAAUAGAAGAAUGUUUGUAGAAGCUGCAGGUACAGCAGUAGGCUGGUUGUACCUGGCACAAAAGGGAAAGAGUUGCUGUAGAA